AUUGACCAGGACCAUACGACCCUCAUUUCAAUUAAUCCCCUUUUGGCACCUUGCCAUGGACUGGACUUGACCGCGCAUUGUCCACUCUUUUGUGUCCACCUUAGUUCUUUCCUUUACUUAUUUUGACGUCUCCCGCAUACAUAUACAACAUGGAGCAUUUAUCACUACGAGACACCCCUCCGCCGCCCGCCGCGGGCACACCUGGCACGCCUGGCCCGCAGGGUGGACAGCCAUCUGGGGUCGCGCAAUUACCUCCGCAGAUGUUUACCACGGCGGCGCAGCUGCUUGACUUGACAGACAAAAAAUUAAUGGUGUCGCUUCGAGAUGGAAGAAAGUUGAUUGGUGUUUUGAGGAGUUGGGAUCAAUUCGCGAACCUCGUUCUUCAAGAUACGGUGGAGCGGAUAUUCGCCGACAAAUACUACGCCGAUGUCCCCCGCGGCAUCUACAUUGUGCGCGGAGAAAACGUUCUCUUGCUCGGCGAGAUUGAUCUCGACAAGGACGACUACAUUCCCGAACCAUUCCAAGAGGCGCCUGUUGCCCAAGUAUUUGCAUUGCAGAAGAAAGAGCAGGAAAAGCGACAAAAAUCGCACAAGUUCCGAAAAGCAAAGCUCGCGGAGCUCGGCUUCGAAGGAGAGCAUGCUGGUGAAGUCUUGUUUUAG